GUCUCCUCCAACAGCUCACGUAAAGUAAUAGAUAAAACAAAAUUUAAUGGGAAGACGAAUUCAAACUUCCUACAGUAUUUCAGCUCUCAUUUCUUCGAUUCCUCCGGAGAUUAACCCAUAACCUCUCUCCAUUCUUUCAUUCACAUCCUAAUUUUGCGUCGCCUGCCUGUAAAUCUCUCACCGGAAACUCACCCCUUACAUGGCUUUCUAGAUUGUUCAAGAUUUAGAUCGGUCUUCCCCCUGUUCGUAGUCGUAGAUCCCCCAUUUGGAGGAUUCGUUCUUUAAUAAAGUUGACGUCCGAUUUAGGCUUGGAGUUCUGGAAACUGCAAAAUUGAUUACUGAAUGUCAUUCCUUGUUCCCACACUUAAUAGGUUUCAGAGACAAUCUUAUUUAACUUGAAACUUGAAGGUUUUGGACACCAUGGUGAACCCAAUACGCAGUGGAAACAUGAGAAAACCUAAUGAAAUAAUGAGGAUUCUAGUUACAACAUUUGUUGGAGGUGUCUUUGGUUUCUUUUUAGGAGUAUCCUUUCCCACGCUCUCAUUAUCCCAGCUAAAUUUCCCGUCCAGCCUGAUUCCUUCCAUUGAUCUCACUUACAUUGAGGACAAGUACUCAGGCCUCUCCCCUGAAGCAUUCUUGAAUGCUUGGUCUUCUUUGAAGGGUAAUAGAGGCAGCUCCUUACAAUUUUCACUGAACGAGACAAAGAUAUGGGUUCCAACAAAUCCUCGAGGAGCUGAAAGACUACCACCUGGUAUUGUUGAGUCUGAAUCUGAUUUUAACCUUCGGCGUCUGUGGGGUAUGCCCAGUGAGGAUUUGGCCAUCAAACCAAAGUACCUGGUAACAUUUACGGUUGGUUUUGAUCAGAAAAAGAAUAUUGAUGCAGCAGUUAAAAAGUUCUCAGAGAACUUCACGGUCCUGUUGUUUCACUAUGAUGGACGAGCAAGUGAGUGGGAAGAUCUUGAGUGGUCGACGCGGGCCAUACACGUGAGUGUAUACAAGCAAACUAAAUGGUGGUAUGCUAAACGUUUUCUGCAUCCUGACAUCGUGGCAUCCUAUGACUACAUAUUUGUUUGGGACGAGGACCUUGGAGUAGAGCAUUUUAACGCAGAAGAAUAUAUAAAACUUGUGAGAAAACAUGGUUUGGAGAUCUCGCAACCUGGCUUGGAACCAAAUCAAGGGUUAACGUGGCAGAUGACUAAAAGAAGAGGCAACAGUGAAGUUCACAAGGAGACAGAGGAGAAACCUGGUUGGUGCACUGAUCCACAUCUUCCACCUUGUGCAGCUUUUGUUGAAAUCAUGGCAACUGUAUUUUCUCGGGAUGCAUGGCGCUGUGUUUGGCAUUUGAUUCAAAAUGACUUAGUUCAUGGUUGGGGUCUCGAUUUUGCUCUAAGAAAAUGUGUUCACCCCGCUCAUGAGAAAAUAGGGGUCGUAGAUGCUCAAUGGAUUGUGCAUCAAAGUGUUCCUUCUCUCGGGAACCAGGGAAAAGCAGAAAAUGGGAGGGCACCAUGGGAAGGGGUAAGAGAGAGAUGUAGAAAAGAAUGGGAAAUUUUUAGGAGCCGGUUGGCUGAUGCAGAGAAGGCCUACUAUAAGGGCAUUGGGAUUGAUCCACCAAAUUCAACUGAAGUGUAGGAAGACAGCUGCAACUGGUAAAAUCGUUUGUCUCUUGAUUACAGUUUAUAGGAGAACUAAUACGAAUGAUCAAUCUUUUGAAGCUCCAAAAUACUUCCUGUGAGAGAAAAGUACGUCUACGUAUGGAUUAGAUCAUAGCUAUAUAAUGGAUAAAGUCUCCUGUUUACAUAUNUAUAUUUAAAUUCCUCUAAAAAGGAGCUAGCUUAGACAUGUCAGAUCUCUAUAGAAACCUUGGCCUUUAGAUCUUUUUGUUGCAUACUAAAACGUUGAUCUUGGCUCCCAGUUAGCUCAAUUGAACUAUUUUGCUUCAAAUCUGGCAAACCUCGUAAAUAUUCUUCAACCAUCAUUAGUUUACUUCUAAAGUUGCUGAAGAAAUCUUUGAUAAAAUCCUGUAGUCUCAUGAAAUUGUGGGUACCUUGACCUGUUUUGAUAUGUCAACUAAGUAGAUGAGGAAAUAUUUGUUCAAGUAUUCAGGUUUUGAAUUGAGAUUCUAUCCUUAGGAAAUCCUAGACUAAAAGGUUAAUGGGUUUCAUAGUAGAAAAUUCCUCGGUGCACAAAGCUGCAUCGUCAACAUGUUCCUUUAGUUGUCAAAGGCCUCAUAACUCAAAGGCCUCAUUGAUGAUGGUUAACAAACAAGUCUUGUUACAUGGUUGUUAUAUUCAUUUAAACGAGAGCAUAUACGACUCGAGUAGCUUAUACUAAAGUGUGGUCAUGACUAUCUUUAUACACAAGCUCAAGAAAAUUUCUUUAUAUUAA